UUUCUCUAUCAUACACAAAACACUGAACACACAAAAAGUAUAGCAUUUUCAUUUCUCUUUCACUCAAUUUUUGGUAAUCAUUCUCGUGAUCAUGGCUUCUUCUUCUUCUUCUUCCCUGUCCCUCUCUUCUUAGUUUGUUUCCUCAAAACCCCAUCUUCUGAAAUCACCCAUUUCAAGUUUUGAAGUUUGGACACUGGAAAAGGACAUCUUAGUUUUAUAAAAUUAGUGCUUUGGAUCCAAUGAGGGGACAAUUGUGACAAUUAUGGAUCCUCAGGCCUUCAUUAGGCUGUCAAUAGGCUCUCUGGGGUUGAGAUGUACUGGAAUCGAACUGAGCACUGGAAAAUCUGGAGUUCACAGAUUCUCUUCAUCUUAUGUUUGUGAGAUACGACUUCGAGGUUUUCCUGUUCAAACAUCAUCUGUCCCCUUGAUAACCUCUUCUGAAGUUAUACCUGAUACUCAGAACAUUGCUUCAAGCUUUUACCUUGAAGAAUCUGAUUUAAAAGCAUUGCUUGCUCCUGGUUGUUUCUACAAUUCAAAUGCUUGUCUGGAGAUUGCUGUAUUUUCCGGGAGGAAGGGAUCCAGUUGUGGAGUCAGCAUCAAAAGGCAGCAAAUUGGGAUUUUCAAAAUGCAGGUCGGCCCUGAGUGGGGUCAGGGAAAGCCAUUGAUUCUUUUUAAUGGGUGGAUAGGUAUUGGCAAGAACAAACAGGAGAACGGAAAACUGGGUGCAGAGCUACAUUUAAAAGUAAAACUAGAUCCUGACCCUAGAUUUGUAUUCCAGUUUGAAGAUGUAACGACAUUGAGUCCUCAAAUAGUUCAACUGCAAGGAUCUAUCAAGCAGCCAAUCUUCAGUUGCAAGUUUAGUAAAGACAGGGUUUCCCAUAUUGACCCGUUGAGCACAUACUGGUCAGAUUCUAUGGACAUUUCUGACUUCGAGACUGAGAGGAGAGAGAGAAAGGGGUGGAAGGUGAAGAUCCAUGACCUAUCUGGCUCAGCUGUAGCUGCAGCCUUCAUAACAACUCCCUUUGUUCCAUCUUCAGGUUGUGAUUGGGUUGCCAGAUCCAACCCAGGAGCUUGGUUGAUUGUUCGUCCCGAUGUCGGUAGAUCCGAGAGCUGGCAGCCUUGGGGAAAGCUUGAAGCAUGGCGUGAGCGUGGCCUCAGAGACUCCGUGUGCUGCAGAUUCCAUCUUUUAUCUGAAGCUCAGGAAGGAGGUGAACUCCUCAUGUCUGAAAUACACAUAAAUGCUGAAAAGGGUGGAGAGUUUUUCAUAGACACUGAAAAGCACAUGCGAAAUGCCGCAGCAAGUCCAGUACCAAGUCCACAAAGUAGUGGAGACUUUGGUGCACUGAGUCCAGUAGUUGGAGGUUUUGUCAUGUGCUGCAGAGUUCAAGGCGAGGGGAAGCGGGGCAAGCCAUUGGUACAACUGGCAUUGCGACAUGUGACGUGUGUGGAGGAUGCUGCCAUCUUCAUGGCGCUUGCAGCUGCUGUUGAUCUCAGUAUCGAGGCUUGUAGACCUUUUCGUAGGAAGAUCAGAAGAGGUAAACAACAUUCUAUGUGAAGAACAAGGCUAAUGUUAGUACAAGCAUUGUCACUAAUUUGAAUGCUCUUCCUUUUCAUUUUCAUUGCUGCAAUAGUUCAAAAAAUGUACAGCAUAAGUUGCCACACGUUUCCCACUUCAGAAUUCUUCAACUUAUUAGCAUUGUGAUGUCGUUGGCUACAUGGCAAUGGAGCCUUUGUAGUUUGUACAGUUAAGAUGCAUGAAACUAGCUCAAGUCAAUCAACUUUUCUA